GGUUCUCAUAUUGACCGAGAGACUCGACUGCACCACUAGAGCUGAGUUCAGAGUCGUCGCUACAAGCCGCGAGAAGCAGAAGCUCCGAAAGGCGAAAACCGCUUGUGAUGGCGCCGAAACCGAUCACCAGUCCCGUCCCCGACGCGUGGUACCCAACCCUAUCGGUGUUCAUGCUCGCGAUCGGGCUCAUCGUCACCGCCUCCUUCUUCAUCUAUGAAGCAACCUCUUCCAGGCGAAACCGCAGUCUUGCCAAGGAACUUGUUACCGGAGCAGUAGCAUCUGUCUUUUUGGGUUUUGGGUCCUUGUUCUUGCUACUGGCUUCUGGGGUCUAUGUAUGAUUUGUUAACAUUGGGCGAGGCAAAAUUUUGUCAAGCAGGAUUAGUUUUACAUGAACAAGGAUGUUACUUUUGACGUUAUUAGUUAAAUAUAUUUUGUGGUUUUUGGAAUGAAGACGUUUUCCAUCAAUAAAAUUACUAGUUUGUUGGUGUCAUGUGGCAGAAGAAAGAUGAUUAGUGCCAUGUGGUAGCUUUGAGCCU